UGAGUCUGUAUCGAGAUCAUAAAAAGAGUUAAUUCCGAUCAGGCAGCUUUACUUUCACCUAUACUGAUAAUCACUGACUUUAGCUGCUGGGAAAGAGUCGUGCAUGUGGAUCAAGCCAUGUCCUACCGGAUCGCACCACAUUCACGCACUGUAUUAGCCAUGUUGUAAUAAAACUGUCGCCGUUUCGUGACGCGGAGUAAAACAGCCGCAGCUUCAACACGCAGAUACUGCGAAAUCAUCGGUGUAAGUUAGCAGUUCGUUAGCAGCGCUCAGCUCUGCUCCUCUUCCGGGGCCUCAGCAGAUGCUCCAUAAAUCCUGCUUUUACAACAUGCCAGCCCCGUUAAAGCCUUUAUUAAAGAUCAGUUUGUGAAUCCACGCAGCUGUGUAGCACAGUUAGCCGUCGAAUCGAGAGCAGUAAUCUUGCCAAUGCCACCAAUUCCUGCGUGCGAACUCAUCCUCCUGACCCUGCACAUCCAUCCAUGCGCCAUCCUCUGAGAUAAACAUGAAUGUUCUUUUGAACUUCACUUUUGGACCGCCCUAUAUACCAUGCUGGGGCUGCCUGUAUGCUUUGGCCUCUUAAGCUGCAGGAGAUUCUCCUCGCCCCACCAGCCUUCUCGCCUACUGAGUCUAGGUGCUCUCACUAGUAUGUACACCACGCGUAUGUACAGCGGUGGUGGGGGCAAGCCAGGUCGCCGCAUCGGCCUGAUGGGAGGAGGGCCGCCCAUGCUGGAGAACCACCAUCAUCCGCUCCCGCCUCAUCACCCUCAUGUCCAUCAGCCUCAGAGCUACCCACCUGUUUAUCAAGCCCGUCUAGACACCCACCGGCCCCAUUACCAGACCCACCAGCACUACCACACACACCCUCAAGUCACCCACCUCCCCCCUCCACACUACCAGCCCCAUGCGCAUUUGCACCACGGCAAGAAGAAGACAUGGAACUUCAUCCACGAGAAGAUGAGCUAUGACACCUUCUUCACUAUGAAGCGGCUGAUCGAUCGCUCGCGCACGGUGGAUGAAGUUCUACGCUGGGUCACCCAGAAUCCAGGGAAGAUCUCGCACAAUCAUUACCCCAUUGCCCUACAGAAGAUCGGUCAGCUCCUGGUGCUGCAGCAGGCUGGAGGUCAGGUGGGUGGGAGCGGAUCAGGUGGCGGUGGAGGAGCAGGUGACGGAGCCUUGCCUGCGUCCUCUGCCGGAGUUUCGGGGGAGAACGCCAUACGUCAGAUUCUGGAUAAUCAGGAUUUUCAGACGCUGUGUGAUGCCAUUGUCAAUGACUGCUCCAAGUUCGACAACUUCAGCAUUGUUAACUGCCUUUAUGCUGUAGCUGCUCUUGGGCUGCCCAGUGACUCUCAGAUCGUGCAGGUUCUGGAGGAAGAGUCCCAGGCUCGGCUGUCCCAGUUUAACCAAAAGGACAUCUCCAUGGUUUUCAGCAGCAGCAUGAAGCUUCAUCCGUCCAGCCAGCAUCCCUUGAUUGAAUCAUGUCUUGCCGGGCUAGAGAAGAACAUUGAGCGGGAGCGCCAUCCCCAGACGCUCUUCCUCCUGCUCUCCUACUACCGCACUAAAUGGAGAGCGCUGCGGGCGGCAGAUGGAGUUUCCCCUGAGCAGCUGGUGGUGAACCGGAAGAUCCUGCUGCUGGUGAAGCACACGCUGACCAGCGUUAGCAGCGUCAGGGACCAUGAGAUGGCUCUGCUGGAUGAGAUGCUGUCAGCUUGUGCCAGGGAGGCUAGCAACAAGAGCCUCGAGCUUAUCUUCAGCUCUCACCUCUUCUACCAGAACAGGCAGGAGAAGUUUGUGAGCAGCCUUGCAGAAGAGUUGCCUAAAAAGGUUGAUAGCAUUACGCCUUACACCAUGGCCCUCAUCGCCAAAUACAUCGCUCGCCAUCGUCUCAGAGAAACGCGCUUACUAGACACUAUCGCUGACUUCUUGGUCAAGAAGGGUGAAUACUUGGACAGCAAGGUGAUCCAGAAACUUGUUUUCCCGUUCAGUCGUAUGAGUUAUCGGCCGGCUAAUGAAGCUCAGUUUUUCUCCAAGCUGGAGAUGGUUCUUGAACUAAAGGCUCUGAGCUCUCCGCUGGCCACCGUAAACAUCCUCAUGUCUCUGUUCCAGCUGGGUCAUUUUCCUGGGCUUGUUCUUCACCGUGUCUUCUCUCCAUCGUUCAUCAGUAAUGUCACCAACAGCCCGUAUGCCCUGAUUGUACGUCGAUACCUUUCACUACUGGAUGCAGCCGUAGAGCUGGAAUACAGGGACUACACUGGACCCCGCCUUCAGGAUACCCACAAAGUGCUCAUGUUUGACCACGCUUUAACUGCAGAUGAGGUGAACCGCAAAUACAGUUAUAAAGGUCUGGUUGCGGAGGCACUCCGGCAGCUUGUUGGUGAACACGGCUACAAACAAGAUGAAGUUCUCGCACCAGGAUAUUACACAGAUUUCCUGCUGUGGAUCGACAGCAUGGGCCGCGUCCUCCCCAUCAGAACAGGCACACCAGCAGCAUCAUUAGCAGCAGGUUCAACCACGUGUGUAGUCCGGAACCUCAAAUCUCCAGAGGGGCCUGGCUCUGUCGCGGCCCUCACUACUGACUUCCAGAAGUUCUCUCCCUUUGCCCAGUCACUUGAGGAAGGGGCCGACAAACGAGCAGGAGAGGAGUCUGCCUUCCUCUCCGCUCACAUGCGUCCCCCAGCAGCAGGAGGAGGAUCUCAGAGGGUCGGCCCUAAUGGAACGGUCCUGCUGGACUACAACCCAUAUUACAGCACUUCAGAUUAUUACUCGACUCUAGCCAAGGAACACUCUCUGGAGAGCCAGGACAGCUCCACCCUCAGUAGCCCCUCAGACUGCCUGACUCAGACAGCGGUUGCCCCGCAAGACUCCCUGUUCCAGUUCUCCAUUGGAAAAAUCCUGGAGGAUGAGGGAGGUGCUGCGACAGGAGCGAACCCGGGGCCAGACUGUGAGAUCACUACAUUUUACGAAGGUGUUUCGUACCCAGAGGGUGGCGAGAGUGAUGUUGUAGCCGCUUCUCCACUGCAGCUUCACAACCCAGACAACCCUGAAGCUGACCGGACCACAGGAGAGCAGGUGAAGAGGGUUAUUAUGUCUGUAAAUGAUAAAUGGCAUUACUGCCAUAAUUCUGACGUGCUGGUCGGAUCCAGGGCAAUGAGAGACCGUCACCUGCAGUUAUUGGGCUACAUCAUACUACAGUUGCCCUAUUUGGAGUUGGAGAAGUUGAACGGGAUAGAGGAAGUGAAGCAGUACCUACACAAAAAGCUGCUGGAGGUUCCUUUAUGACGACAUAAGUGUGUUUGUGAGCUUCAUCCACAGUUUCAAGAGUUUUUG